GCAGCUGCCAGCCGGGUGCUCGCCGCGUUUCUCCGGGACAGCGCUGAGUCCGGGCUUCCCGGCCCCGAGGAGUGUCUAUAUUGAGAACCCCACCUCCUUUAAAAUUAAAGCCUAGCAGUCCUGAGCUGUUGCAAGUCCAAAUGUCUGCAAAAUUGAAAGAGUCAUCAACACUCCUUCCACAAACUUCAGAGAAGCCUGACAGGAUUGUGAUAGUGAAGACAGAAGAGGAAGAGCAGGCCUGUGAUCCAGACCCCCGCCUCCACUGGACCAGCUGCCAUAGCCCAGAGACCUUCCGCCAGCGGUUCAGGCAGUUUGGCUACCAGGAUUCACCUGGGCCCCGGGAGGCUCUGAGCCAGCUUCAGGAACUUUGUCAUCUCUGGCUAAGGCCAGAGGUGCACACCAAGGAGCAGAUCCUUGAACUGCUGGUGCUAGAGCAGUUUCUGGCCAUCCUGCCCAAGGAGCUGCAGGCCUGUGUGCAGAAGCAUUGUCCAGAGAGUGGAGAGGAAGCCGUGACCAUGCUGGAGGAGCUGGAGAGAGAGCUCGACAGGCCGGCUGAGCAGGUCUUCGUUUUUGGACAAAGAAAGAACGUGGUUACAGAGAAGCUAGCACCUUGGGAAAGCACUGAAGAGUUACCAAGUAGCCAGCUCAAGCCUGUAAAGAAGCAGCUCCAGGGGGCAUCAUGGGAGCUGCACUCCUUAAGACAGAAUGAUGAUGACACCAAAACUCUAAAUGUGGAAUCAACUUUGAGGCAAAAGACUUCUUCAGGCAUAGAACAGCAUUGCAAUGUUUCCAACACCCUUCAUACAAAUGCCUCCCAGAGUUUCACAUAUAGAGCAACCUGUGAACAAGAUGGCAGGUUUGAAAGAAGACAGGGAAACCCCUCUCGAAAAAAACAACACAAGUGUGAUGAAUGUGGCAAAAUUUUUAGCCAGAGCUCAGCCCUUAUUUUACAUCAGAGAAUCCACAGUGGAGAGAAACCUUAUGCAUGUGAUGAGUGUGCAAAGGCUUUCAGCCGAAGUGCAAUUUUGAUUCAGCAUCGAAGAACCCACACUGGGGAAAAACCCUACAAAUGUCAUGAAUGUGGCAAAGCCUUUAGUCAGAGCUCGAAUCUUGUAAGGCAUAGGAAAAGACACACUAGAGAAAAAGUCCCAUUAGUGUCAUGAGGGAAUCGAAACAUUUACUCAGAACUUUUUCAGCACAAGAGAAGACACAAGGUACAAAUACUCCCUUAGUAUAAAUCAGUGGUUUUAGUGGACACCAGUUUCCUUUCAAGGGUCAUAAAAGCCACAGGAGAGAAUGUGGAAUAUGUCAUUUGCUUUUCUGUUUAUCAGUACAGCGUCAGUUCAGAUGUUUGAGAUUCCAAAGUUUAAUUCAGCUUUCCAUCCCUAAGCAGCCCUUGAAAAGACAUUCUCAGACAUAUUCUACUAUUUCCAUUAUUAACACAGAUAAUGAACUAGUGUGUACUUUUUUAUACAGUUAUUUUUUUCCCCUGUUUAGAAGGAAUGUGUGACUUACUUAGCAUAGAAAAGAUAUUCUCCAUUUCGUAGCUUGAGCACUAGAACUCUAAAGAACAGAGAUUAAAGCCUGUUUUAACAAA